AUGGCCGCGAAUUUACAGAAGGCUGUGUGCAUCGUAACCGGCGGUGCUUCGGGAUUAGGGCGGGCGACAGCCCAGAGACUCGCAAAAUAUGGAGCAAAAGUAGUCGUAGCUGAUCUCUCCUCAAGUGAUGGAGAAAAAAUAGCAAAGGAAUUGGGUGAAAGUUGCUAUUUCGCACCAACGGAUGUGAGUUCAUACUAGAAUGUUUCGUAAUUUUUUGUAACCAAUACGCUCACACGCAUUCUUUGUAAAAGAUUUCCAAAAAAUUUUGUCACAUCGAAAGAUCUCAAGUUUGGGUGCUUUCUAAAUAUUUUGCGAAGCAUCCCUUGUUCAAACUGUGAAGAAUGGAAGCCUUAUCACUUUUGGGAGGUGGGUUGGGGGGUGUGCCUUGUACACCAAGUCUCAUUAGGGUCAGAUACAUUAUGCUCGUAAAAUUCGAGUAUUAUGCUUUUGAGCGUCACCCAAAAAAACCUAGUAUUAUGCCCGAAAUUAUGCUCGAAAAAUAUAGCAUUAUGCUCACCUGAUUUUUAUUGUAUUCAACAUGUUUUAAUAACAACUGUAUGAUAAAACGAUCUCCUGGUCUCUCCAAGAGAGAAGCACAAAUAUUAGAAAGCUCAUGCCUUACUACUUGUUAGUCUUACAACUUGUUAGCAAAAGAAAUAUCUUAUUUACAUAUCUUUUCUACACCUUUUUCAGUUCAAGUUCAAUGAACCUAGCCAUCGCGAAUGCAGCCAAGCCUUUGGAAUAUGAAAUCCUUUGACACACUCGUUACGAUUUCAUGAAAAAUGGAUUCACGAGAUCGUUUUUAUGGUUUUCAUUACUUUUUAUUAUUUUUGCAGAAAAAUAUACCUAUUAUGCCGGCAUUAUGCUUGAUGCUCCAUCCAUAGUAUUAUGCUCAAAAUUAUGCCGGCAUAAUGUAUCUGACCCUAAGUCUCAUUGGUGACCUGUUACUUAAAAGAUGGACAAUAACUUAGAAUCUGUUUGUUUAUUUGAUUAUUUUUGUGGUAUUUCAAGGUUACAUCAGAAGCUGAUGUCCAGCAAGCCAUCAAGUUAGCUAAUGAAAAAUUUGGUCCCCUCAAUGUAGCUGUCAAUUGUGCAGGAAUAGGAAUUGCUGUGAGAACUGUUUCUAAAAAGGGACCACACCCUCUUGAUCAGUUUGAGAAGGUCUUGAAGGUAAAUCCAUAAAAUGUGUUUAUUGCUUGGAGCUCUAAUUUAUCUGUAUUCAACCUUUAACUCCCAAGAUCUGAGUAUGAAUUCCCCCCUCUGGCUGCUACACAUUUCCUUAUUAAUGAGUUUAGAGAAUUUGGUCUUAGAUCAAGAUAACAACUUCUAACUGUUAAUUUUAACUAUUCUCUCAUUACCUGUUUGCUGGAUAAUGUAUUGUAUAGUAUAGGGAGAAGUUAGAUGUGAAACACUUCUGGGAGUGAAAGGGUUAAGUUCUUAAAAUGACAAAAUGCUUGCUGAAAAAAAAUUAAUUUUGUUUUCGUCAAACUGUUCAAAAAGUAGUAGUAUAAACUUGUGAAAACUUGAAGAAAAAUGGCAGUUAUCAGUAACAAUAUUUAUGUGGCUGCCACAGUUGUCCCCACUCAAAUGUCACGGAUGUUUAACCCUUUAACUCCCAAGAUUUAAUAACUAAUUCUCCUUACUGUCUGCCAUACAAUUUAUGUGAUGUUAGUUUGGAGAAUUUAGAAUUGGGUCAACCAAUAGUCCCCUAAUUGAUAUUUUUCUUUAUUCUCAUUACUUGUCUGCUUGAUAUCAUACUGAUAAUGUAAGGAGAAAUUCUGUCUAAGUCACUUGUGGGACUUAAAGGGUUAACUAAUUCAAGGUCUUUUGUCAAUCAGGUUAAUACGGUUGGGACUUUUAAUGUCAUACGACUUGUGGCAGAACAGAUGACACAAAAUGAACCAAAUGAGGGUGGAGAGAGAGGGGUGAUUAUCAACACUGCGAGUGUGGCUGCUUAUGAUGGCCAGAUUGGACAAGCUGCCUACUCAGCGUCUAAAGGUGCAAUUGUUGGAAUGACUCUGCCAAUAGCUAGAGAUCUUUCCAAACAUGGAAUCAGAGUUAACACCAUUGCUCCAGGUGGGUCAUCACUAGGGAUCAGUUAUUAUUAACUAUUCAAAGUAGGUGGGUGUCUUUAAAUUAGUGUGAUGCAUUAUCCUCACCAGUGUCAUACUGCUUUUUUUAACUAGCAAAAUUGCUUUGUGUGACUUGUGAAAAUGGUUGACUUGUUAAAAAAUAUUGUUUAACCAAAGCUAGGUGAUUUGCACUGGGUUCUUGGGUACAUCGUUCUAUGUUUACAGCACACUCUUGUUUUCCAAUACUCCAGGAAGUUUGCAUCAAUCUCCUUUCAGUUCUCAUUGACUCUGAGGGGUAUUUUUCUUUACUCUGAUUUACUUUAGUUGCUUUUCCUUGGUUCUGGUUUUAUCAAAAAAUUAUUUUCACCCUUUAACUCCCAAGAUCUGAUUGUUAAUUCUCCCCUCUAGCUGAUACACAUUUCCCUGUAACUUAGUUAUAAGAAUUUGGUGUUAGAUCAAGACAACAACCUGUACCUGAUAAGUUUGAGAAUUCUUAUGAACUCUUUGCUGGACAAGGUAUGGAUAUUAUGGGGAAAAGUUACAUGUUAGUAAUUAACUCCCAGGAAUAAUUAUUACUCCUGGGAGUUAAAGGGUUAAUUCUUAUCAAUAUCUUGUGUAGGUGAAAAUGAGUGGAAAUCAAGGGGACAUUAUUUGACUUGAGGAUAUAAUUUUUGACCAGAUAUUUUCCUUUCAAUGAACAUUUGACCAAAAGUAUGGCUUGUAAUGUUUUAGGACUUUUCCUGACUCCUCUGCUGAUGAGUUUGCCUGAGAAAGUCAGGGAUGAGCUGGGUAAAACUGUUCCCUUCCCAAGUCGUCUGGGUGAUCCUGCAGAGUUUGGACAUCUGGUACAGAGUAUUAUCGAGAACCCAAUGCUAAAUGGUGAAGUUAUCAGGCUGGAUGGAGCUUUACGCAUGCAACCUUGAUGUCAUUUCAUUUUGGCCAAAUUUUGACUUCUUUCAAAUGAUUAGUCAGCUAGAAAUGAUUUCAUGUGAUAGGUGAGGUAGAUAAUUAACUUCUAGAACAAUCUGUAAGUUGCACAAACAUGCAAAACUGUGGACAUUCCAGUUAACUUAUUGUAGAGAUUAUUAUUCUCUAGAACAGGGAUAGGUGAGUGGAAUGUCAAUGGUUGGAGGGGAGGAGGAGAGGGACAAACUACAUUUGCCCUUCCCCUCUUAUCCUGUCAUGUCUGCUGUCUCUCUGGAAUACCAAUAAUUAAUUUUCACACAUGCAGCUCAGAAAAUAUAUUACUACUGAAAGAUUUUAAGCAAACCAGUAUAGUAAUAAAUGAAUAAACGCGCAUGUCUGUUGUGACUAUGAAUAGUUUUUCACAUUUUUAUGCAUAUAUUAUUAGAUUUCCAUCCUCAUAUAAAUAUGGAUUUUAU